AGCUCAGCUGUCGUCAGAAGGAAAUUCAUUGAGCUGAAUUUGAACAGUUUUGUCUGUCUCAUUGUUCUGUCUGUGACCCUGUCAGGCGAUGCCUGUAGGACCAUCCAGUGCAGAGACACAAGGUGGAUCCUUAAAAGCUUUGGUUGUGACGGUGCUCGUUAGUGUGUUUAUGUUCCAGCUGCUGAGGACUGUUGGACUGAGGGCGUUUUCCAUGGCAUCUGAGACGUACAUGUCGGGUUCACACUCUGCUGCUUUUGUUACCUGCCCCAAUGACACUGUGGCUAAAGAGCUGGCCAGGGGUAUAGUGGAGAAGAAGUUGGCUGCUUGUGUCAACAUUGUGCCAGCAAUCACAUCUAUAUAUGAGUGGCAGGGGACGAUUGAAGAGGACAGUGAAGUGCUGCUGAUGAUUAAAACAAGAAGCACCAAGAUCCCUGCUCUUGCCGAAUAUGUCCGGUCUAACCAUCCUUAUGAGGUCGCAGAGGUCAUCAGCUUGCCUAUUGACCAGGGUAACCCGCCAUACCUCAAAUGGAUCGGGGAGGCUGUUCCUGAGUAACAUGCCGGUGUGGAUUUUGGCAAUGAAAUGGGGUUAUAUAGACCUGAGAAUUUCAUGCAGAUGCAAAUGAACCUGACUUGCAGACUGGUGUUUGGCUUCAAUAAUGGCGAUUGAUUACUUGGUGGAUGGGGGGGGGGGUCAUUAAGCAUAAGACACUCAUUUUUAUUGGUCAACAGAUGUGACUGUAUCAAUGUUAUACCUCAGUGUCAUCUUAAAUAACUGCUGAGAUGAUAUCUGGGUAGUUUUUUUGAUCGAUUAAGAAUGUGCAUGUUAUCGAUCACGAGAAAAUGAUACACUGCCAUAACCAUGGCAGGACACCAAUCCCACACCAACUGAUAUAGAGGUAAAUGCUGAUGUGCAGGAAAAUUCUGGUGCCUAAAGGUCAAGAGUAUGAGAGUAAUUACUACGUUCUAAUACCCAGUUAUGUGAAUGUCCAAAGAUGCUGAGUUUUUGUUUUUUUCUUUUUAGUCCCACAAGUAUUGGACUCCUUGUAAAUGUUUAACUUGGACAUGCAUCAAUGUGAAAAUGACUUCUGAAUUAAAGCAGAAUGUUCAUCUACA